UUUACUUCUCCUCUUCCUAUUACUCUUUGCUGUAAAAAAUGAAAAAUGUCAGUGUUCGACGGCUGAUGUAGUACAGGGAAAAAGAAACUAAACCAGGACGGAAUCUUCUACAACUGCCAAACUUUUCUUUUAAAGUAUUUUAGAUUCCAAAUACUAAAAUAAGAGUUUUCCUGCAUUUUCUCGCAAUCCAAUCAACUUCCCCUUCUUCCUUUCUCUAAAAUAAUGUAAUGUUGUAUAGAGUUGGAAGUCACAGAGCUUUUAAUCAAGUGGUCGUUAAAUGGGUCAUGAAUUUAGAUAUCGGUGCCCGGUUGAAACCAGGGGAUUGCUGUGGUUUGUGGGAAUUAUGUUUGUUGUGAUAGUAACAUUCCAGCAUUUUGAGCUGCCGUACAACAAUAUUAUAACAUCUAAAUCUUCAGUGCAUACUAAUCAAAUAGCAGAAAAUGGUACCUUGUCAACUGAUGGAGCGGUGUUAAAAUCUGAAACAGUCAGUAACGUGACUCAAUUGAAUGUUUUGAAUUCUACUGAUGCUGAUAAUACGGAUGAGCGAGGUGAUAACUAUGUAGCUGUAGAUAAUGAAACUGUAUCAGAAGAAAGUGUAGUCUCAAACAAGUCUUCGCUUCAGCCGGUGGUUCAACCAAAUGAGGAAUCUACCCAGGAUCCUGUUGGGAAUUCAGAUAAUAAUGCGACUUUAACCACUGGUAUCACUUCUGUUGUGCCGUUAUUACCAGCAGUAAACUCGUCAUCGAAUAUGAGAUCCCCAAGUUAUGUGAAGCCUAACACUGUAAUUCCUGUUGCAAAUAUUGAUCCUAACACAUCUUCUGUGGAGAAACAUGCAACACCGAUUCUGGAAGAUCAUGGGAAUUCGGGCAAAGUGAAAUCGGCUUCAGCACAAACACCAAGGGUGGUUUUGGUCUCAGAGAUGCACAAUUUAUUGCUUCGGAGUUGGUCUUCUCCUAGUUCAAUGAGACCACCGCAAUGGGCUUCACCAGUUGACCGAGAGCUACUACGUGCAAAAUCACAGAUUGAAAAUGCGCCUAUUAUACGAAAUGAUCCACUACUUUACGCUCCUCUUUAUUGGAAUAUUUCCAUGUUCAAAAGGAGCUACGAAUUGAUGGAAGAAAUGCUGAAAGUGUACAUUUACAAAGAAGGUGAAAAACCAAUAUUACAUCAGCCAGUACUCAAGGGAAUAUAUGCUUCUGAGGGAUGGUUCAUGAAACUGCUGGAAGCUAACAAAAAAUUUGUUACCAAAAAACCAAGAAAUGCUCACUUAUUUUACUUGCCAUUUAGUUCUCGAAACUUGGAAUUACAAUUAUAUGUUCCUGAUUCACAUAGUCAUAAGAACCUCAUAAAAUAUUUGAAGAAUUAUUUGGACUUGAUCGUGGCAAAAUAUCCUUUCUGGAACAGAACUGAUGGAGUAGAUCAUUUUCUUGUUGCUUGUCAUGACUGGGCUGCAUCUGAAACAAAACUUAUUAUGUCCAAUUGCAUAAGAGCCCUCUGCAAUGCUGAUGUUAAAGAAGGUUUUGUUUUCGGAAAAGACGCAUCUCUUCCCGAGACAAAUGUGCGCACGCCUCAAAAUCCUCUGCGAGACCUCGGUGGCAAACCUCCUUCCAAGAGACCAAUCCUUGCUUUUUUCGCAGGCAGCAUGCACGGCUAUCUACGACCAAUUCUAUUGGAGCACUGGGGAAACAAUAAAGAUCCCGACAUGAAAAUAUAUGGUCGGGUUCCAAAAGGAAAAGGCAAAAUGAACUACUUCCAGCACAUGAAGAGCAGCAAGUAUUGUAUUUGUGCGAGAGGUUACGAAGUCAACAGUCCGAGAAUUGUGGAGGCUAUUAUGUACGAGUGUGUUCCGGUAAUUAUAUCGGACAAUUAUGUGCCUCCGUUUUUUGAGGUGCUGAACUGGGAAUCGUUUGCGGUUUUCGUAUUGGAGAAGGAUAUUCCGAAUUUGAAGAGCAUACUUGUUUCAAUACCGGAAAAAAGAUAUAGAGAGAUGCAGAUGAGAGUAAAAAAGGUUCAACAGCAUUUUCUUUGGCAUGGGAAGCCUGUGAAAUAUGAUAUGUUUCAUAUGAUACUCCAUUCAGUUUGGUACAACAGAGUUUUUCAAAUGCAGCCCACAUGAAUAAACAAAGAUUUGCAGAGAUACAUAUAUUUGUUAAUUUUUUAAGACAUAGUCCAAAGAUAGCUUGUUAGUGAGGUGGCAAUGAAGAAUGAAAGUAGGCAAUGAACAGAAUGGGUGCUGAUCAGAUAUUUAGCACAGUAUGUUAGAUUGCAUUCUCUCUGUACAUAAGUUUGAAGAGUCUUCUAUAGGCAAAACCCGUUUUAAGGCCCUUGUACUAUGGCUUUUUAUAUAUCUGGUCCUUAGAAAUCAAUUAGAAUUUAGCAGCCCCCCUGUAUUUUAUUUUUGAAAUUUUCAAGUUCUUAUCUUUAACAUAAAUAAAAAAUUACAAUGACAUGUGGUUAGUAUAA